GUCAUGUGUCAUUCGUUCAGUUGUUGACUAGUAGGUUUAAGUUCACCUGACUUUAACCCAACCCAUGAGCGCGUGCGAGCGGAGGAACCGGUAAAACACGGUGAAACCUCUUCAUUCCUCCAGAAGAACAUCACCGAGAUGUCGGACCCUCCUGAUAUCAUACCCGUGCCGAAGCCACGAUCCAGAUAUUUUCUGUUAGAUGCGGGACAGCCGUCGUCUAGUGAACGAAAUGUCCAGUCGUCUUGUCCAGACGUUACAGCUGAAACACAGACAGAAUCUGAAGUAGAAACCAUUAUCAGACGCGAGGUUAAUGUGGAUGACUUCAUCCCUGCACCUCCUGAUCCUCAACAUGCGUCGCCAGAGUCGCUCUCAGUUAGUUCCAGUCCGUCUCCAGAUGCGGCGAGAGCUCCUGAUUCAGCGUUUUCUGAGGACAGGCCGGCGACUCCAGACUUGCUCAGCAACGAUCACAGUUUCACAGAUCAGGGGAUGGAUGUUCGGACAGACGUUUGCACCAAUGGAGAGAUCCAUCAAGCUCCUAAAUCACCGGAUCUUCAGAACAAACCUGACAGACCCAAUAAACCAAGGGCUGCAACUAUUCGUGUGAGCAGAAAGAAGCAGACGUUAUCAGGGCCGCGGCAGAAAGCCGGCGCGUCUCACAGUGAGUGUGCGGUGGCACAGGCCAGCUGGCUCGACGUAUGGAAGGGACGCAAGCACACUGUUCUGUGGACCACUCAUGAUGGACACGUCAUCUCAAUGUGGAAAAAGCGCACAGACAAGUUCACAGAAUACGUGUUUCACGUAACAAGCAUCACUAACAUACGUGAGCAGGAUCAUGGGCGCUUCUCCAUCCAUUUACAGAAGAAGCACUUUGAAUUCAUGGCUAACAGUGAGGCGGUGCGGAAGCUCUGGUUGACGUCUCUCUAUGCCAGUCGAGGAAAGGAACCGAUGGCUGCGCCCAAACAACACGGACCGCUGGUCAUGAAAGACCCGCGGAAAAAGGUGUACACUGCUAUCCGCGGACACUCCCUUUGGAUAUACAGCAGCAAAGAGGACUUCAGCAUAGGUCUUGGCAUGAUGUGCGUGUCUAUGAAUAUAGCGUCUGUGAAGGCGACGGGCCGUCACAGCUUCACUCUCAUUACUCCAUACAGGACCUUCAAUUUCUCUGCAGACUCCGCUAAGGAGACGGCAGCGUGGCUGGAGAGUCUGAACGACGUGAUCCGCAGCGCUCUGUCUCACAGCGAGGUGGCUCACCAACUCUGGUCCAGUCCCUGUAAUAAGGUUUGCGGCGACUGUGGGGCGGCCAACCCAGAGUGGGCAUCGGUGAACCUGCUGGUGGUCAUCUGCGAGGCCUGCGCUGGAGCGCAUCGAUCCAUGGGCAGCAACCGGUCCAAAGUGCGAGGUCUCAAACUAGAUAAUAAGGUUUGGACAGAGCCUUUAAUUCAGUUGUUUGUGCUGUACGGAAAUACAGCCUCCAGCAGGGUUUGGGGUCACAACAUCCCUCCGAUGGAGCAGAUCGGCCCGAACGUCUCUCCGGAUCAAAGGCUGGAGUUUGUCCUCGCCAAAUACAGCAAAGGACUUUACCGCAAAGCUCACCCGCUCGCUGCGAACCAGAAGCUGCUUGACCAGAGGCUGCGGGAGGUGGUUUGUGGAGCCGAUGUGGAGGAGACUCUGUCUCUGCUGUGCUCCGGAGCGAGGGUUUCGUGCAGCGGCACAGAUCCCGAGCUCCGGUCGGCCAUCAUGGAGGCCGAGAGCGCUGGACAGGCCCUGCAGACCGAACUACUCCGACACAACGAGUUUGUGGAGCCACCCGACUUUGAGCAAACAAAACGUUCAGAGGAGCAGAUAGAAGAGCUCCACGGAAAGCUGGAUGAGGAGCGUUUCUUGUUCUCGCAGGAGAACGAGUCUGCGGCCUGCGACGUGCUGGAUUUGAAUGAAGUCAUCUCAGUGUUCGACCGCUCUUCAGGGCAAACCCAUGAGUUUGAGGUGUUAUCCCUGACGGAGCGACUGAUCUGUACGGCGGGCGGACGAGACGUCCUCCUCAGUCACAUGCUGCACAUCAUGAAGGUAGUGCUGGCGGGGGCCGUGCCGGACGAGGAUCUGCCGGGCGUCCGGGCCGUGUCCAGGGCCUCUAUACGUCAGGGAGCGGCUCUCCAGAGCGCCGAGGUGUGGUGCACCCUGCAGGACGGAGAGAUGAGCGUCCACCGCGGACACGGCUCCUCGGACACGCUGGCGCUGGACAACCGGACCCGCUGCCAUCUGCAGCGCUCGGAGAACUGCAUCCUGCUGGAGCUGCCCGAGCGGACGUUACACAUGAAGUUUGAGCUGGAGCACAGCUGCGUUCGGUGGCAUGAGCUGGUGCUGAGGGCCCUGCGCUCGAGCACAGAUGGGCCCCGGCGCUCAGGGGCCGUGCCCUGCUCUGUAGAGCGCUGUAUCUCUCACAUCACACAGUACGGGCUGAAGGUGGAGGGUUUGUACCGGCGCUGCGGGGUCCUUCCUCAGAUCAGUAGACUGGUGGACGCUCUGGGUGUUUCUCCGAGAGAAACGCUUCUGGGAACGGACGAGCUCUCCAUCCUGGACGUCUCGGGAGCUCUGAAGCAGAUCCUGCGGCAGAGCUGCCAGCUCAUACCGGACGCUCACAAGCCGCUCUGGCUCAAAGCCGCCGUCCUGUCAGACGGAGAUCAGAGACUGCAGACGUACCGCAGACUGCUCAGACGACUUCCUCCAGACAGCCGCGUGACUCUGGCCGCUCUGUGCCGACACCUGCACACGGUUCAGACGCACAAUCAGGAGAACCUGAUGACGGCUCAUAACCUGGCCGUGAUAUUUGUGGUCACGCUGUUCCAGGAGCUGGCCAUGAACACAGGCUUGGUCCACCUCACCAAAGAGCUGAUCCUGCGCCACAGCGAGAUCUUCACGAAUCACGUGGAGACAGACAGAGAGAUCAUCACCGUACUGUGAGGAGCUCCCCGUCAGCACCACCAUGACUGCAUGAACAAAUGACUGUAAUAAUGUAGCAGUGAAUGGGUGCCGUCAGAAUAAGAGUCCAAACUGCUGAUAAGAACUUAAUAGUCCACCAAUGAAUGCAUUGAGAAGAAAAAAAGCUGCCUGGUGAAUCUGAGAUCCUCUUUAGAUGCAAGUGGGGUUUUGAUACCAACACGAGGAGGGGAUCAAGAAAAGAAGACAAGCCCACUAUCAAUGGGUGAAGAAGAGUUGAAUGCUUCAAGAGAUGCGUCCACGGUCUUUAAUGUCACAAUAUAUUAACUUCAAUCGUUCUUAUCAUGCAGGCCAUAAAAUGUCCGGUGGUACAGAUAUAAUGAAGGACAGACUGCGUUCCAGAGUGUGUUAUGCUUUUAUCGUUACUCAGGAUUACACAAGCUUUUGUAUUUAUGAAUAAAUGAGUUGAAACAGGUGCAUUUCA